UUGGGUUGUGGUCUUCUCCUCCUGACAAUUUAGUCUUAUGUAGGUGGUUACUAGUGUUUCAGAGGAACAUACUGCCUCCGUCUUGAAGGUACACUACCUCAAAUGUAGUGGUUGUAUGUUCUCUGGAAUAUUGAUAACCACGUAUAAGACUGGUGUCACAUCCCAGAAGAUCACAGUCUGGUAAAAAUAUCAACAUUCCUUAGUUUUUGUUUAUUUUAAUUUUAAAUUAUAUGAUCAGUGCUGUUACACUUAAAAUGCUGUAAAGCAAAUUGAGAAGAUGCUGAUUAGAAAGAGCAGUUGUUCAAUUUCAGAGAGUGAAUGUGAUGUUGGAGUCGCCAACAGGCACAGGCAAAACUCUGAGCCUUUUAUGUUCUUCUCUUAGCUGGCUUACCAUGAAGAAGGCCCAGCAACAGGCAGAGUCCCUAGGACUGUACAAUCUUCCAGAUGGUGCCUUUGUGACUGGGCUGCAGAAUAAACUGAGGGAGGCAGAAGGCCCUUUGAACACAGCUAGGACUGGUGCCUCAUCAUGGGAUUCUGGCAAUACGCAGGUUAUCUAUGCCUCACGGACACACUCGCAGUUGUCACAAGCCAUUCAGGAACUGAAGUAAACUGGCAAUGUGAACACGAAGGUGGCAGUUCUUGGUUCUCGGGACCAGAUGUGCAUCCAUCCUUAAGUGUCAAAAAAGGAAAACAAUAUUGCAAAGGUCAAUUUAGAAUCUGCUUUGAAAAGAAAUUUAAAAAAUGUGUAAGAUUGUAAUUUUGAAUUGAUGUUUUAAGAGGAAUUGAUGUUUUAGAGAUGAGUCAUGGAAGAAUUGAAGGUUGUUUCCUUGUAAAUCUUCUUCCAUUUUUAAAUCAUCACCACUGUAGCAACCAAUCUGAGUAAGCCUCUGUAAUUUUGAUGUGUACAAAGCAAUUAAAGCUGUUUUAUACCAUUACCAAAUAUGUUUAACAUAAGAAUAAAUACAAACUGUAGGUACAGUUUGUAUACAAAUUUUGGGCAAAUGGUAAUAAGCAUUUGGAACUUAAGGUAGUGCACUUGACUUCAGUCUUUAGCUUGGAUAUACUAAUGCAAAGAUUUUUUUUUGUUUCCAGAAAGUGAUCAUGACAGUCCAUAUGUCAGAAGAUCAAUGUUUUAAAUUCUGAGUUUUAUGUGUUAUAUUUAUUAGAGUAAUGUGUAAUUAUUUAUCUUCAUAUGCACAAAUGUCUGGCAUAUAACAGGAGCCAUUCAUGCUGUUAAGAAUCCAGAAUAAGAGGUUCACAAUUUCCAUAUCUGAAAUUCUAAUAUUUGGUCUUCAAAUUUUAACCUUUAUUAGAAUCUAAC